UCAGCCUGUGAUGCAACCAUCGACAUCGUGUUCGUGAUUGAUAGCUCAGGAAGUAUUAUUGAUGUCGAUUUCCAGAAGACGAUAGAGUUUAUGGUGCAGAUGGUGAACGGCUUACCAAUAAGUAGUAAUAAAAUAAGAAUCGGAGCGCUGCAGUUCAAUACGUUUCCAUAUGUCCAAUUCUAUCUGAACGCCUUCCACGAUAAGUCGGACCUGAUUUCCGCCAUUCGCGCCAUUCGACGAAGUUCAGGCGGUACUCAAACUGAUACAGCUCUGUUAAAAGCCGAUCAAGAGUUGUUCAACCCAGCUCGUGGAAUGAGGGACCAAUCCAGUAAGGUUUUAAUCCUAGUGACUGACGGAGCAUCAAACAACAGACAAGCUACAAUCCAAGCUGCCGAGGUCGUGAAGUCUCAUGGAAUCACAUUGUUUGCCAUUGGUGUUGGAGGUGCCAUUUUGUUCGAACUGAACUCAGUGGCAACCACACCAAUCUGUACCCAUGUAUUUACUCUCCAAGAUUUUUCACAAAUGGACACGAUUUUAAAUGAAAUACAGGGACGAGCUUGUAGAGGUAUGUACACCUACUUGCUUGGAAAACAGCAUUUUAACAAUCAUAAAAGUUUUGUUAUUGCCACGGAAAUUGUCGUUGAUUUCCGGAUGUGUCAAGCUAUCACGAACUGA